UGCACCACCAUGUGUCUGCUACCGGCUAACAGUACGGUAGCCUGCCCGCCCCUUGACGUCGGAUUCUUGGGGUCGCUAAAAAGAACACUGCGGGCGCACUUCCGCAGCGACACGCGUUGUCUCAUCGCCGCCUCCACGACUAGCUAUUACGACCGUGCCGUUUCAUGCACCUUCUGCUACAACGAUUUUGUCAGCGAGUACGUGCAUGUGCUUGCCGGCUUUACUACGACUACUACAACAGCUAGCAACAAGGGGUUGAGCAAAUAG